UUCACCACAAGCGUCCAAUCCGAUCGAACCAUCCCCAAUUCCUCCCCCUCCGUGUCUCUCUUUCGAAUCUCUUCUCCUUGUCCUCUUCCCCACCCACCGCCCAAACCCUAAACAAAAACAACCCGAACGCGGAUCAAGACGCGCCACUGUAGAAGCUCAAAGGCGUCGCCUUUCUUCCUUCCCCACGCCUCCUCUCCUCCCCUGCUUUAAAUCCCAUCCGCCAAAACACCAUCUUUUGAUCUCUUUCAACACCCAUUUCUCCCCUUGAAUGGCACUCACUUCUCUCAACAAAUCCAUUGAUGUUCUCGUCAAUCUCUGCUUUCUUUUCUCCUUAGCCCUCUUCCUCUUGUUGUUCUUCUUCCUCCCUUUCUCUCGCCCCUCCCCAAUUCACGGCUGCGAAACAACUGUAUUUUUCAAUCUCAGAUCCGCUGAUUCAUCCGACCCUCACGGCUACAUCGACUAUCUCCACCUCUUCCAUUGUGUUUUCGUCAAUUCCCCUGCUCUAGCCUUCAUCCUUCUCGCUCUAUGGCUUCUCGUUCUCCUCUACUUACUCGGAAACACUGCAUCUAAUUACUUCUGCUCCUCGCUUGAAAGCCUCUCCAAUGUCCUGCACCUCUCCCCUACCAUCGCCGGCGUUACCUUCCUCUCCCUCGGAAAUGGCGCGCCGGAUCUCUUUUCCAGCAUAGUCUCUUUCGCCGCCGGAGGCGGCAAAAGCGGCGUGGAGAUUGGCCUCAGCAGUGUUCUCGGCGGCGCUUUUUUUGUAUCCUCCGCCGUCCUCGCAAUAAUCAGCAUCUCCGUCAGCCGCUCAUCCCGCCCUGCAAUUUCCAUCGAUCGUGUCAGCUUUAUCAGAGAUAUCUGCUUCCUGAUCGUGACUCUCUCCUUCCUUCUCCUAAUUCUGAUUAUCGGACAAAUCCGCAUCUGGGAAGCAAUGUUCUUUGUCUCUCUCUACAUCAUCUACAUUAUCAUGGUAUCAAUGAACCACUGCUGCGGUAAAGAUUCCGGAGAACUCAGCAUGCCAUUACUAGAAUCCAUAGAGGUUCAACAACCGCAGCAGACUGAUAAAGAGAUCGAUUCAUAUCUCAGCUCUUUCAACUCAGAUUCCUCUGUUCCAAAUCAAAGCUGGCUCCUUUAUCUCAUAGAACUACCUCUCUAUCUUCCAAGAAGGCUAACAAUCCCCGUAAUCACAGAAGAAAGAUGGUCGAAACCAUUCGCAGUAGCUUCCGUGACCCUCUCACCAAUUCUUCUGGCAACAUUAUGGAACUCUCGGGGAACGGAGAUGAAUUCAGAGCACAGCACCACCGUCCUCCUCUUCGCUUCUUUACUCGGUUUACUUCUCGGCGUCGCAGCAAUGGAGUGCACGGCAAAUUCCCACCCACCAAAAAGACUCCAGCUUCCAUGGCUCUUAUCCGGCUUCCUGAUGAGUGUUGUCUGGACCUAUAUAAUAGCAGGAGAGCUGGUUUCUCUUCUGGUUUCCAUAGGAGAAAUACUGGGCGUCAGACCUUCGGUUCUUGGAGUUACAGUACUGGCGUGGGGGAACUCACUGGGAGAUCUCGUGGCCGACGUAGCCAUGGCCGUUAAUGGAGGAGAAAAUGGAGCUCAGGUUGCGGUUGCGGGUUGCUACGCAGGUCCAAUUUUUAACACGUUGGUUGGAUUGGGAAUAUCGUUUGUUGUUUCCACAGUGAAAGCUUAUCCAUCGCCAUUUGUGAUUGUGAGCAAGGAUGAUUCAGAAUUUGUGCUGAUUGGGUUUCUGAUUGGGGGAUUUUUGUGGGCUUUGGUGAUGUUGCCCAUGAAGGGGAUGAAGCUGAGCAGGGCUUUGGGGAUCGGUUUGCUGGCCAUUUAUUGCUGUUUUAUAUGCAUGAGGGUUCUUCAGAGUUUCCAGAUUUUGAACUUUGGUGUUUCUCUUAAUGUAUAGUUUGCUGUUGAUGUACAGUUUGUUGUUUCGAA